GCAUUUCUACAGCUGGUGUGUGGCACCCUCACUGAAGAGUAUGGCCUCAACAAGAAUGGUAAAUUUCAGCCUGUGGUUAAUGUUGACGACCUACUCUACCUUGUACACCAUUCAAUGGCAAUCUCCGAAGAGGGAUUUCCAACUCCACGGCAGAGACAGCAACAUAAUACUCUGCGGAAGAUGAUGACAAGUACAUCAGCUCGCCCAGGGACCUUACUUGAAAGCUCUGGGUACUUCAGGUCAAACGAUGCCUUAAAAUGGGGUGAUAUCCAGUUGUUCAUGGUCAAAGUUCCUGACUAUCCCUCGUGCAAGGUUUUACUCAUGAGAUCCAAGCAUCGCCUCAACAAGGGGAAGAGAAACAAGGGGCUUGCGUGA